CGGAGACGGAGGUACGCGCAACGAGUGGGAGCGUCCCGGCGGUUUUUUCUAUUUAUUUUGUCCAUUCAGUCGCUGCCACAGAGGAAAUCAUACCUCGAUCGUACGAAAAUCGAUCGAACAGCGAAAAGGCAGAGCAGCUCGGCUCUCAGGGAUCACGCACCGAAAGUCUCCUGAUUCUUCUUUUGCGUCCCGUGGGUCUGCUCUUUCAUCAGCCCCAGCUAGAUACAGGGCGUGUGUGCUUUUCGGCGAGCAGCUAGCUUGCUGUGCUUUUUUAACUCUUGCAUGUUGAGAUUGAACAUAUUUUAUUUUUCACGUUGACACCGUUUGGAGAAUCCGUGUGACCAUGGGGUGCACCUUGAGCACGGAGGAUAAGGCGGCCGUGGAGCGCAGUAAAAUGAUCGACAGAAAUUUGCGGGAUGAUGGAGAGAAAGCCGCAAGGGAGGUCAAGUUACUUCUACUCGGUGCUGGGGAGUCUGGCAAGAGCACAAUUGUUAAACAGAUGAAGAUCAUCCAUGAGGCAGGCUACUCAGAGGAGGAGUGUAAGCAGUACAAGGCCGUGGUCUACAGCAACACCAUCCAGUCCAUCAUCGCCAUCAUCCGCGCCAUGGGCCGCCUCAAGAUCGACUUCGGUGACCCCGCCCGUGCGGACGACGCGAGGCAGCUGUUUGUCCUGGCUGGCUCGGCGGAGGAGGGCUUCAUGACGGCGGAGUUGGCGGGGGUCAUUAAGCGGCUGUGGAAGGAUGGGGGGGUGCAGGCCUGCUUUGGCCGCUCCCGGGAGUACCAGCUCAACGACUCGGCCGCAUACUACCUGAACGACCUGGACAGGAUCUCCCAGGCCACCUACAUUCCCACCCAGCAGGACGUCCUGCGCACCAGAGUGAAGACCACCGGCAUCGUGGAGACACACUUCACCUUCAAGGACCUGCACUUCAAGAUGUUUGAUGUGGGAGGUCAGAGGUCAGAGAGGAAGAAGUGGAUCCACUGUUUCGAGGGCGUCACGGCGAUCAUCUUCUGCGUGGCGCUGAGCGACUACGACCUGGUCCUGGCAGAGGAUGAGGAGAUGAACCGCAUGCACGAAAGCAUGAAGCUGUUCGACAGCAUCUGCAACAACAAGUGGUUCACGGACACCUCCAUCAUCCUCUUCCUCAACAAGAAGGACCUGUUUGAGGAGAAGAUCAAGAGGAGCCCCCUCACCAUCUGCUACCCAGAAUACGCAGGCUCCAACACCUACGAGGAGGCUGCGGCCUACAUCCAGUGUCAGUUCGAGGACCUGAACAAGAGGAAGGACACCAAGGAGAUCUAUACCCACUUCACCUGCGCCACCGACACCAAGAACGUGCAGUUCGUCUUCGACGCCGUCACUGACGUCAUCAUCAAGAACAACCUGAAGGACUGCGGCCUGUUCUAGGGCAGGAACCUUUCCGGGGCAGAUAGGACUAACUCUGUGUGCAUUUUCUGGGGGAAACGAUAAGCGUGUGGAAAAUCAACCAAUCAUGGACCAGUACUGUAACUACAUGGCAGUCAUACAGCUUUAUUUAUGUUCCUGCUUUGGACAUUUUAACAUAGUUUAGAGGAUAUUUGUGUAGGAAGUUUGUAUAGUUGUAAGUCUUACCUUUUUUCACAAAGAUGUUUUUUUAACGGAUGUUUUUAUUUCAUUGUUUUUUUCUGCCUGUUUUUAAAAAGCAGACCCGUUUUGGGUGGCAGAGUUUUUCCUCGACUGUUGGGGGAAAAAAAGAGGAUUCAGCCUGAAUCCAGUUUAGAGGUAAUUGUGCCUUUCGCAUGCCACAUUUGCGGUCCUUGUUUAAGAUGCAUUGUUUCGCCUGUUAAAUUGUUUCAACUGAAAAGUGUAAAGAUUAAUAUUAACGUGUGCAGACUCCUGCGCCUCGUGUUGUCAGAGCUCAUGAUUUUAAAGGGCUUCCACACCAAUGUGGCAUUUUCAAUGGGAUUAAAAAAAUAGAUCAUCCCAUAAUAGUCAAUGCUGUAGUUUACAGAACUGUGACCAUGUGAUCAUGCCCAGACAGUUGCAGUUCCAUCUCGGUUUGAUUUCAAGUCGAAUAAUUUGGAGACUUAAAACACGAGGAGAAAUUGAACCAAGCAGAACUCCAUCUAUAGUGUCUUGGGCCAACCCACAGACACACCUUGAAGUAGUUUGGUUUGUGCGCGGUUCUGGUACAGACGUGCAAUGCGAUAAUUGUCGCUGAGAUUAUCAAAUAACCGCUGAUGGGUUAUCACAGGCGAACAUUGGUUUGGGAGCCCUGGAGGUGGAGUACGCAGAAGAAUGAGUGUGUGUGUGUGUUUAAGCGUGCGUGCAUGCCGCCUUCUCGAAGGCAACAUUGCUCUCUCGGCUUGUGAUAAGCUGACACGCUGGGGAGACUCAAAAGGACGACUAUUCAGAAGGUACAAGAAGUUUUGUACGAUACCUUUUUUUAAAAGGACGACUACCAUCAAAGCCAGUUCAGCUGUGGGCGGGACAUCCAAGAGCUUCUAUGCUGCCAGUGCACCUUGGAGAAGAGAAGAGGCAAAAAUGUACAUCACAGCUGGAAUUGAUACAUAUUUUUAGAGGUAUUUGGGAGAAGGUGACCACUUGAACAUUGUAAUAUACUGCAAAACCAAGAAGACCCUAUUGGAAAGCAAAUCAAAUGAUCAACAGGGAAAACAAGAUCUGUCUUUAAUGGAGAGACAUUGCGCUGUCUAUUGGUCUCUGUGGCUGUGUUCUCCAUGGAGGGAGAUCAUUUGUAGACUACUUUCCCUUAUUUUGCUAAUAAAAACGUUAACGGUCCUCAUGGUGCGGUCAUGCUUCUCUUGCCAGACACCUGUGUGUUCCCAUGGGGGUGGAUAUGUACACUCCUGACCCGCUGGUAUUGGUCAUCUCCUCAUGUAGCGGUACCGUCUGACCUCCAGCUCGGGACUCAGGCUACAGGUUGGAGUUUUGGAGGUAUAGAGAGCCAUCACUCUAUCUCAACAAACGGAGCGCAAAAAUUCAUCUAUGUAGUUAAAAAAUGUAGUAACACAUGCACAUAGACGUGUACACAGAGGCACAGCA